AUAGGCAUCAGCCGAUUUUAAACCGCACACAUUAAUACGUUUAAUGGACGAACAACUAAAAUCAGAAAUGUUUAGAGUGGUAUUCUUGUAAUCUAGGAAUAUGGACAGAGGCGGUAAAAUAGAAUGUCCUGCCUUAUACUUCAAUGAUGAAGAUGAUUCGAUGUUCGGAAUUCUCAGUGUUUACCGUCGAUCAACUUUACAUACCAGUCAUUCAGUGGAGUUGGAUAACGAGACGAAGACGAAAACUUCUCAAAUACAAGACAAGGAUGUGUCGAAGACAAAGUCACGUGUUCAGCCGAGAGCUGUCGACAUGUUGUAUCACAAAAUGUUAAGAAAUCUGUCAAGUGGCGAUGAUCCCAAAAGAAAAUAUUCUCCAAUAAAGUUAAUAGACUCAGGAACUUUUGGUCACGUGAUUCUAGCCAAAACGAAACAGAACGGUUGUAUGGUUGCCAUCAAGAUAUUAGAGGUUAAAAAACAGCCAUUUAAUGUGUUGGCAAACGAGGUGACCAUAAUGAAGAAGAUCUACCAUGAUAAUGUUGUCACCGCUCUAGAUGCGAUUUAUGUUGAAGCUGUAAAGAAAUUCUGGCUUGUCAUGGAAUACGUGAAUGGUAGUUCGCUAAAGAAGAUUAUAAGAAAUGUAGCGUUAGAAGAAGGACAUAUUUGUUUCAUAUCUAGUCAAUGUGUGAAAGGUUUGGACUAUCUCCAUAAAGAGAACAUAGUUCAUAGAGAUAUCAAAAGCAGCAAUGUGUUAGUUGAUAUAUAUGGGAGAGUAAAGAUAACGGAUUUUGGUACCAGCUACAUUCAUGAUAAAAAUGCCAAGAAGAACGAACUGGUUGGCUCACCGUGCUUUAUGGCACCGGAAGUGGUGGCAAGGUAUGUAUGAAAUACAUUUUAUAUACAGUCUUCCAUUUCUUUCUUACACUUAAAUAAAUUCACUUGGCAUGUAACUACAUGACAUUGAUAAAAUAUUUUUAAAAUACUUUUGGGCAAACUUUUCAAACAUUUUCCUU